AUUUCAUUGAACUUGUUUAUUUGGGGAGGGAGGGAGUGGGCGGGGGAGCUACGCACGAGUCGCCUUCCGACGUGCCGACAUUUUUAGCAUUUGUAGCAUUAGCGGGGCGCGAGCUUGUUGUGACACAUCGAGCGGCCGCCAUGGCGGCAGCUGGCGGCGGCGGCGGCAGGAGCUUCUCGUUCAAGGUGGUCCUGCUGGGCGAAGGCUGCGUGGGAAAGACGUCCAUGCUGCUGCGCUACUGCGAGAACAAGUUCAACGACAAACACAUCACGACUCUCCAGGCGUCCUUCCUCAACAAGAAGCUCAACAUCACGGGAAAGCGGGUCAACCUCGCCAUCUGGGACACGGCGGGUCAGGAGCGCUUUCACGCUUUGGGUCCCAUCUACUACCGAGACUCCAACGGGGCCGUGCUGGUGUACGACAUCACCGACGAGGACUCCUUCCAGAAGGUGAAGAGCUGGGUCAAAGAACUCCGGAAGAUGCUGGGCAACGACAUUUGUUUAUGUAUCGUAGGUAAUAAAAUCGAUUUGGACAAAGACAGGAACGUCUCGACAGAGGAGGCAGAAAGUUACGCGGCGUCGGUGGGGGCCAAACACUACCGGACGUCCGCCAAGCUCAACAAAGGCAUCGAGGAGCUCUUCUUGGACUUGUGUAAAAGAAUGAUGGAGGCGGCGCAGGCCGAGGAGCGAUCCAAAGGAAGCGUCGGCGGCCAGUCGGCGUCCGGGCGGCGAGGCGUGCAGAUCGUGGACGAUGAGCCGCAGGCCACGCCCACGGGCGGAUGCUGCUCGUCGGGCUAACGCGCCCGCGGCUUGUCCGUGAAGGGACGGCGAAGACGGGAAGUUGACCGGGAAACGGGCUCCACCUUCCCGUCCGAGCGGGAGUCGACGGCCGCGUGACGUCGGGAGACGGCGGCGCGCCGAGCUUGAAGCCGUGCGGAAACAUCCCUCGCUUAACACGCCGGCGCUAAAGUAACAACGUGCAUGUCCCACUCCAUCGUGAGCUUCGUUUGAUACAAUUAUAACUAUUGUUGUUCAUUAAAUGCUGAUCAAAGUC